AUGAAAUUUGUCAAAUCCACCCAUCUCGCCUCUACGGUGGCAUCGAUCGCCUCCUUUAUCCUUCCAAAGGACCUCGAUAUCGGCGAGACCACCUCGAUUCAAGGCGUUGCAAGAACGAUUGCCGCCGGGGCCAUGUCCUACUAUCCUGGCAACGCAGAGCAUUUCGCAGACCUCCCAGCACCGUAUUACUGGUGGGAAUGCGGCGCCUUGAUGGGCGCAAUGCUUGACUAUUCUCAUUACACCCAAGACCCCACCUAUGACAAGACUGUCGCGACCGCCCUCCUGGCACAGGUCGGCCCCAACUUUGACUACAUGCUGCCGGCGCACUUUGGCGACGAGGGCAAUGACGACCAGGCCUUCUGGGGCUUCGCGGUCAUGGCCGCGGCCGAGCGGAACUUCCCCCAACCCGAUGCCUCCGUGCCCCCGUGGCUGGAGCUGGGGACCAAUUUGUGGAACUCACUGGUGGCGAGGUGGAACCCAUCGACCUGCGGGGGCGGCCUGGCGUGGCAGAUCUUCGAGUCGAACCCCAACGGGCUGAACUACAAGAACACGGUGGCCAACGGCGGCCUCUUCCAGCUGUCGGCUCGGCUGGCGCGCGCCACGGGCAACGACACGUACCUGCACUGGGCCGAAAAGGUGUGGGACUGGACCACGGCGGUCGGCAUGAUCGACGCCGGCCUUAACGUGUACGACGGCGCCGACUCGCUUGACAACUGCACCAAGAUCAACCCCGUGUCCUUCUCCUACACGGCGGGCAUCUACCUCUACGGCGCAGCCGUCAUGGCCAACCACACGGGUGACGCCGCCUGGGCCGCCCGCGCAAAGGGCCUCCUCGAGGCGUCCCGCUCCUUCUUCAGCCCCUUCGCCAACGCCACAGACAUCAUGUACGAGCACGCCUGUGAGCAGGUCGGCUCCUGCAACGUCGACAUGCUCUCCUUCAAGGGCUACAUGUCGCGCUUCAUGCACGCCUCCACCCUCAUGGUCCCGUCCCUGCGGCCCGCCGUCGACGGCUUGCUGAAUACCUCGGCCAAGGCCGCGGCGGCCGCCUGCGCCGGCGGCGAGCAGGGCACCACCUGCGGCCAGAAGUGGUACGUCGGCGGCUUCGACGGCAACCCGGGCCUGGGGCAGGACAUGUCCGCCCUCGAGACCAUCCAGGGCCUGCUCGCCGCCGGGUCCGCGCCGCCGCUCAAGGGCGACCAGAUCAAGGUCGUGAGGCAGUUC